AUGUCUCGGAAGUCUCUGUCGCCAGGCGCGCAGCUCCUGCGAUCUUCGCGCCUCUUCUCCCUUCCGCCUCCUCUCCCUCGACCUGGCAGCGAUAUAUCCACCUUCGCCGCAGCAUCCAAAGCAUCAGACACCUCGACCUUGCCUCAUCCGAUAUACCAGGCUAUCACAACCCCUCAAUCCUCACUCUCGCGCGGCGAUUGGGGCCUGAAGCGCGCACUGCCUCUACGAUCCACCACCAACACAACCACCCCGGCUGUCCGAAUCACCGCGCUCGACACAUGGGAACAUAUCACCGAUUUCGAGUCGGCAGCAGACCAUACUCGCACUCUUCAGAAAUGGCAGGAAUUGAACAUGCCCCUGGCGAUGCCCGUCAGUCGUAACACGGUGUCGGGAACGUCGACAGCCGCCAAAAGCGUUUUUGAGGACUACCUUGAUAAUACCGACCCAGACCCGCCGGCGCCGACGACACCUGUACUUCCCGGCGCGUAUAACUCACCAUCGGCAGCCUCGACGGAGAGGUUUAGGUGGAGGUUCAAAGGCCCGUGGGUGGCAGGAAUGACAGAGGCGCAGUUCAAGCGCUACAUCACAGAGACGGUGCGGAAACGGAAGAACGAGUUUGAGGAGUAUCUCAGGACGCACAUCAAAGAAAGGGUUCUAGCUGAGCGACGGCGCGAAUACCAAAACGACGGCAUCAAACCGCCAGGUCCAGAGAAUGGACCCGAGAUCGAGAUCAAAGUCUCCGAAGAGGAUAUCGCUGCGCACAUCAGGAACUACCGUACCGAGUUCGCCGAUGGAAAAGACCUGAGCAACCUCAUUCACGACUUCCUGGAUCUGCCUCAAACACACUCCACUGCAAGCUUCACGAAAGGCAAAACCAAUAAGGUGGCACCUGACAUCCUCGACACUGGGCCACCUUCGACGCAUCCCUCAGCGGGUCUAUCAUAUCUCCGCUCUGGCAACUUCAUGGAGAACCAUCCCGUGCUCGGACCCCAAAGCUUCCACACACCAGUACAGGCGCGUGUCCUGCAACCCCGCAAGAAAACCACAGGCAACAUCUCCGAGGCCAGACUCGGCGUCGCAGGCGUCGUUGUCAACGACAAGCGCCAGCACAGCCACGCCACCGGGAAGGAGAAGGGUGUCGAGUCCUCCGAUUUCGACACCGAAGGCGGCCCCAAGGUGUGGGUCACGCCUCUACGGGCGACCAUCGACUCUAGUGGGAAGAUCAAGCUGGAGAUCGAGCGUGCGAACCCGGAGCCAAUAGAUGUUCGUCAGGGUAAAUUGAUCGUUCGGACUGAGCAGAAGCCGCAUGAGAAGGACCAGCCGCGGCAGUUGCAUCGUAUGGACGAACCACUGGACGCACGACCGGCUCGUCGCUCGUCCUCGGCCUGGGGGCAAAUGGGCAACCCGUUGAGAUAA